AUGGGGGUCCAAGUUCAUUCGCAAAUCAUCAAGCUUGGUUAUGCAUGCCACGUGUUUGUUCGCAACGCGCUGAUUCAUUUCUACUGCGAGUGUUCCUGUGUUGAUUCUUCCAAAAAGGUGUUUGAAGAGGACACCCUUUGCCGCGAUGUGGUCACGUGGAACUCCAUGUUGGCGGGUUUUGUGAGGAGUGGGGAAAUUCGUUCUGCGGAAAAGAUGUUUGAUGAAAUGCCUGAGAGGGAUGUGGUGUCGUGGAGCACCAUGAUAAUGGGGUAUUUUCAAAAUGGGCUUUUUGAAGAUGGGUUGGAGUGUUUUAGAGAGAUGAGGGAGAAGGGUGUGAGGCCGAAUGAGGCUAUAUUGGUUACCUUGCUUUCGAUUUCGGCGCAUUUGGGUUUGCUUGGGUAUGGGAGGCUUGUUCAUUCCACGGUUGAGGAUUUGAGGCUUCCGGUGACUGUUCGUAUAGGGGCGGGUUUGGUUGACAUGUAUGCAAAGUGUGGUUACGUUGAAGAGGCGAGGGUCUUGUUUGAUGGGAUGGUGAAGAGGGAUGUGUGGACGUGGAAUGUCAUGAUUUGUGGGCUGGCUUCGCAUGAUCGUGCGAGGGAUGCGCUUGAGCUUUUUCGGAGGUUUAUUGAUGAAGGUUUUGUACCUGGGAGUGUCACUUUUGUGGGUGUGCUUAAUGCUUGUAGUAGGGCUGGUUUGGUUGGUGAAGGAAGGUACUACUUUAAGUUGAUGGUGGAUGGUUACGGCAUUCAGCCUGAGAUGGAGCAUUAUGGGUGCAUGGUUGAUCUCCUGGCUCGUGCUGGUUUAGUUCAUGAGGCGGUUCGGUUGAUCGAGGGGAUGGCAGUUGCGCCGGAUCCUGUGAUGUGGGCAACGCUGCUUGAUGCGUGUAAGCUUCAUGGAUUUGUGGAGAUGGGGGAGAAGAUUGGGAAUAAGUUGAUAGAGUUGGAUCCAAAUCAUGAUGGGCAUUAUGUACAGUUAGCUGGAGUAUAUGCAAAUGCAAGAAAAUGGGAGGAUGUGGUUAGAAUUAGGGGGUUAAUGGGUGAGAGAAUUGCGGGCAAAGUUGCUGGUUGGAGCUUGAUUGAAGUGCAGGGUAGAGUGCAUCGCUUUGUUGCAGGGGACAGAGUGCAUGAAUGUUCUUUGGACAUUUACAAAAUGCUUGAAAUAAUAGGAUUGAGGAUACCUGAAGCUGGUCUACUCACUGAAACAUCUUAA